AUGUCUGGUGGUUGGAAUCCCAUCAAUGGCCGUGAUGCCACGGGUACGCGUCCCAACUUCGCUCCCGUUGGUGGUCCUACGCCUGCACAAGGUCAACCCUACAUUCCUCACAUUGGUGGGCCUGGCUAUAACUUUGGUUUAGUUGCUUCCCCUUAUGGCUAUAUGUACGGUGCUGGUGCCGCAUAUGGUCAACCUGCGUACGGUCUUCCCCAGGCACAGAUCCCUGGGUUUCAGCCUCAACAAACCUUCUCCCAUCAGCCCAACGGCGCGGGCAAUAUCCUUCCUCGACAGCCACAGGCUCAACCUCACGUUGACACCCAAAUGCCUGCUGCUCAGCUAACUAACUCAUCCGGUGGUGUCGGCUGUGAACCCGGCUACAACUACUUCUUCCCAGCUGCCCAUACCAAAGUCCACGUUUUCAAGAGCGAUACUCCGCCCUGGCAGCUCCCAGCAAACGCGCAGAUCCCCUUCAUAGCAUCCCACGUCCCCACGACCACUAAGCUGGGCGACUUGCUCAAGGGCUUCGGCUGUACUAACUCUAACCCAAAGAAGAACAAGUGUUUUGAGCUAUACAGCGGAGGAAAUGGCAAGUGGUACAAGGGAUAUGCCUUCACCGGUGAUGAGAAGGACGAAUGCGACAAGACGAUGGAUCAGGUCGGUUGGGACUCGACCAGAACUGGAAAUCCAGGAGAGAAGCCGGUUGUCUGUCUCUGGUUCUGCAAGAGCUAA